UGUCCUGGUGCUGUCCUGCAAGAACACAUCUCCUGCUGUUAACAUGUUGACCACGGUGUUUCUGUCAGCGUUCCUGAUGCUGGGAGGGGCAGCAGCAUUCAACCGGCAGGUCCAUGGGAAAUCAAUCCACAGUGAUAAAACUUUGCCGGGCAGCAAUGAUGGAACACACACCAUGAGGACACAGCCACACCAACAGACAAAAAAUGAAAUCAGCAGGAGUUUGGAUCUUGAGAGCUUCAGCGUACACGUGAUCCCCACCACCAGCAAAAUCAGCCUCCCGUCCAUCAUCAGGCUCUUCCCGCCUACUGCCAAACCUUUCCAACUGCACGCCAACAUGCCCAUGCGCUUCGGGAGGGAGAGUGUUCCUGGUGAUGACAGUGCCCCAAACUCGACCCCCAACAUGCCCCAGAGGUUUGGGCGAUCAUGGGAAAUGUGUGCCAAGUGCCUCAAUGUUCGAGAAGCACAGAACCCAAUAUUGCCGCAGAGAUUGGGGAGAAGAAGUCCAUACUGGAGCCUCUUUAGGACUCUGGACAAUACUUGGUUAUUAAACACUGGUUUACACUGGGCUAAAGAUUUUGACUUUACAACCAGCUCCGAAGAGGUGGAGAUGCAAGAAAAGAGCUUUAAAGGAUGAAAGAGGAUGAGAAAGGCCAACACAGAGGUCUUAUAACAUGUAAAUAUCAGCAUACCUUGUUUUUACCGUGAAGACAAACGUUAAAUGUUAAAAUGUCCAAGAAUAAAUAAGGUGAAGUAUUUUAAAUUUAUUGUCACUUUUAAAUAAAUAAAGUUGUUAUUAUUGUGACAGAAAACCUGUUAAACUAUAAUAU